AUGGCCCUCACUUCUGCGAACCUGCUCGGUCUGCUAGCUCUUUUGGCAGUAGCUAGCGCAAUCCUGAAACUCGCUCGAGCUCUGAGGAGUCCUUUAAACAAAGUGCCUGGACCAUGGCUUGCCAAGUUCACCAACCUGCCUUUGAAGCUCGCGGUCAUCACCGGGUCUCGCAUCCAUUACAUUCAGAGUUUACAUGAACGAUAUGGACCCUACGUUCGAAUCAGCCCAGAAGAAAUCGCAGUAAACGAUCCAAAGGGCUUCAAACAGAUCCAUGGUAUCAACUCUGGCUUUGAGAAAAGUGGCUGGUACAAGGCAUUGACUGUAAUGCCUCGACCCUGCCUGUUCGAUAUGAGCGAUGCCAAAGACCACGCCGCACGUCGACGUCUUUUCGCUCGUGGUUUCAGCAAGUCAAACAUCCGCCAGAACUGGGAGCCAGCGAUCAAGGAAAAGAUUGCUUUGGUCGUGACGCAGAUGCUCAACGAAGCGGCAAGAACUCACGGAUCUGUAGACGUCAUGAAGCGGUGGACAUUGAUGGCAUCCGGUGUCAGUGCGCAUCUCAUGUUCGGCGAGUCGUUUCAAGUAAUCGAGCGUGGUGAGACAAACGAGUUUAUCAAGACAUUGACUAGUGCACUCAAAGGCGGUGGCAUCGGCGUUGAGGUACCUAUCGUGCGUACGAUUGGCAAGAUGCUACCCUUUCAGGCCACGAAAGAGCUCUUCUGUACCAAUGAGACCCUGGACAGCUAUGCCGUGACUGCGGUGCGCAACAUGCGGGCUUCAGGUGUGAGCAAGAACAUCUUCGCAAAUAUUCUAGCAGAAUCUGAGAAGGGAGAGGCACUAGAUGACCGCACGGUCGAGAGUGAGGCGAUGGGAUUAUUCGUUGCUGGCACGGACACUACCGCGGUCAGUUUGACAUAUUUGACCUGGGCCAUCUUAGCAAGACCUGAGCUGCGCAAGAAGAUUGAAGAGGAGGUGAGCAGUCUGCCUUUGAACUUCCAGGAGCAGGAUGUCGAACGGUUGCCGCUGCUCAACGCUGCGAUCGAAGAGACCUUGAGACUGUACGGGGCUGCGCCUGGAGCACUUCCAAGAACCGUACCGCCUGGGGGCGCCGACAUGGGCGGAUACUAUCUGCCUCAAGGGGCUAUCGUCUCUACACAUGCAUACAGCAUGCACAGAGAUCCAUCUCUUUUUCCGAACCCAGAAAGCUUCAAUCCAUCUCGAUGGCUCCCUGACAGCAAGGACAACGAACAUGUCUCGAGUGCUGCGAGGGCAGUCUUCUCACCGUUUGGCUCUGGCUCGAGAAGCUGCCUUGGAUCGCACAUUGCAUACUCAGAACUACGCCUCGGAGCGGCUGAGUUCUUCCGCAGAUGCCCUGGCAGCAGCCUGGCUUCCUCGACGACCGAAGAAAGCAUGCACAUGGAAAACUUCUUUUUGAUAGCCCCACAGUCGCACAGAUGCGAAGUCGUACUUGAAACACAGAAGUAG